CAGCUGGUUGAGCUUGCUUGAACUGUUUUUUUUUUUUUUUUGCCAUCAUUUGUUAAACACAAGGCAGCUUAUUCCAAAUGACUUCUUGAAUUCUGGAUGUCUUUCUGAAGGGCAAUUGUACGGCUGCAGGACCAAACCGGGAAUGCCAUUUGUUCAGGAGCUACAUAAACAAGCUUUGUUGCGUGGUGUGUUUUUUCCUCCCGAGGACAGGUGCUGUUGUGUACGUUGUUCUCCGGUAUGGACAUACAUGCAGUGACACAGUUGUCUUAAGGAUGUCAGAUUAGGGAUCGGAUCUGCAAGGAGACAGGUGCGAUAGAGAGGGGUAGAUUUCAAACGGACCCCUCCUCUCUUAGUCAUUCUGGAUUAUAGUCCCGAGGUGGCGAGUCAUUCACAAAGAAUCGGACGCACCUUUCCCGCGACUGUUAUAGUGCUCCGCUCUCAUGGCGAAGGUGGUUAAAUCUCUCAUCUGGCUCUUCUGGAUUCUGCAGUCGGUGUGUGCGGCCUUCCCUGAUGAACCGGGACCCCUGAACUUCAUUCCCACUGAAGUGGUGAGACGGUAUCCUGUGUUUCUGGGACGACCCCAUCGCUCAUCUCUUAGACUGGAGCCCUUGCACAUUCAGAGAAUCCUGCAGGUCAAUCGUACUCUUUACAUCGGAGCCAGGGAUGACCUUUUCCGUGUGGAGCUGGACAACGUGGUGGGAGAAGAGAUGUUUUACAGCAAGAAAAGAACAUGGGAAUCCAACAAAAAUGACAUCAGAAUCUGUAGAAUGAAGGGAAAGCAUGAGGAUGAGUGCCAUAACUAUAUGAAGGUUCUGCUCAGCCGGCAGGGAGGAUUGUUUAUCUGUGGGACCAACGCCUUUAAUCCAUUGUGUGCCAAUUAUACAGGAGAUACUCUAGAGAUGGUUGGUGAAACGGUCAGUGGGAUGGCUAGAUGCCCUUAUGACCAUAAACAUGCCAAUGUGGCCCUGUUUGCAGAACGCAAUCUCUACACUGCAACAGUGACUGAUUUCCUGGCCAUCGAUGCCGUGAUCUACAGGAGUCUGGGGGACAAUCCUGCCCUGCGAACAGUGAAACACGACUCCAAAUGGUUUAGAGAGCCAUACUUUGUGAGUGCUGUGGAAUGGGGUCCACAUGUUUACUUCUUUUUCCGAGAGAUGGCUAUGGAGUUCAACUACCUGGAGAAGGUGGUUGUGUCUCGUGUUGCACGCAUUUGUAAAGAUGAUCAGGGCGGUUCACAGCGUGUGCUGGAAAAGCAGUGGACGUCGUUCCUGAAGGCGCGGCUGAACUGCUCCAUCCCGGGAGACUCCCACUUCUACUUCAACCUCCUGCAUUCCACCAGUCCCAUCAUCCGCAUGCAUGGCAGAGACAUCAUCCUUGCUGUCUUCUCCACGCCGUCCAACAGUAUUCCUGGCUCAGCGGUGUGUGCCUUCGACAUGGAGCAGCUAGCUGGAGUUUUUGAUGGAAGAUUCAAAGAGCAGAAAUCACCCGAGUCGAUAUGGACCCCUGUUCCAGAUGAGGUUGUGCCCAAACCAAGGCCGGGCGGUUGUGCAAUACAGGGGUCUAAGUUCAACUCCUCCAACUCUUUCCCUGAUGACAUGCUGACUUUCAUCAAGACUCAUCCAUUGAUGGAUGAAGCUGUACCAUCUUUGGCCCAGAGACCCUGGAUUGUUAGGACUAUGGUCAGAUACCAGCUGAACAAAAUGGUGGUGGACACAAAUGCUGGUCCCUAUGGCAACCAGACAAUCCUGUUCCUGGGUUCCAGCCGAGGGACCAUCCUCAAAUUCCUCGUCACCCCCAACAGGGAUAACAUUGUGUCGAGCAACAAUGUGUUCCUGGAGGAACUAGAAGGCUACAACCCCAACAGGUGUGGGCCGGACUCUCCUCAGGCCAGGCAGCUGCUCUCUCUUACCCUGGACCGCAUCAGUCACAGCCUGCUGCUGGCGUUCCCCUCCUGUGUGAUCAAAGUGCCUGUAGCACGCUGCCAGCUCUAUUCCCGCUGUAUGAAGAACUGCAUCGCCUCACGGGACCCCUACUGUGGCUGGACCAGAGGAAGCACCUGCUCUUUCCUCCGUGCGGGUACCAGGCUUCCCUUCGAGCAAGACAUUGAGCACGGAAACACUUCUCACUUGGGUGACUGUGACGGUCUUCUCCAGGAGAGUUUCAUAGAGGAACCAGAUGGCUUGGUGUCGGUGAACCUGCUCGUGGUGUCUGCAGUUUCAGCAUUUGCCACUGGGGCAGCACUUUCUGGUCUAAUGGUAUGCUGGAUAAUGAGCCUCAAGCACCGCCAGCAUUCCAGAGGAGGUUCAUCUGGUUCUGGGAAUCGCAGCAAGAGCGACAAGGAGCAAAGUAUGCUAGGACAUCGCCGCAGUGGUUCUGUGAUCAGUGUGACACGCAUCAGUGGUAGCGAGCGUCCUCCCUCGCAAGUGGAGACUAUGUUCUCCAAUGGCUGGCCAAAGUCUGGGGACAUAGACCCAGGACUACCCACUCCAGAGCAGACCCCUCUACAGCAGAAACGGCCCACUCCCAACGUUCAUCUUACGGACUGCGAUUGGGACCAGACCCAUACUUUCUUGACCCAAACAGGGACACCCUGCCCAGUUAACUCUGCAGUCAUAUACCUGAGCUCCAAAUACCUGCGACAGGAAGGAUCAGGCGACGUUCCCCCUCAUUCAGAGCACCAGCGUUAUCUCAUCCUCUCCCACCCACCCAACCAACGAGAGCAGGGCGGGCGACCUUCUGCCCCAUCAACCCGCAAUUCUGCUGGGGAGUACAACUAUCCAUCCACCCCUCAGGACUCCCCUGACCGUAGGAGGGUGGUUUCAGCACCCACCACGCAAACGGACUACGGCGAAAAUCUGCGUUGGUCCCACGACGGACUCAAAUUUAAUAGCAACAACACAACUCCUUCUGGCCACCACCCCUAUCCAAUUCAGCCACGCACUAAUGCGGCAUUAGUGCGGCCAGGAUUUCACACCCAGCGAGGGCUCGGUGAGCUACAGGACUUUAGCCACCUGCUUGUGAAAAGUGUAAGUGAGCGCAAUCCUAACGGGCAAUGACUUUCCAGGCCUGUUCACACCCUUCAGAAUACCAUCACACUCAAGACUCAGACAAGACUCACUGUCCAUCUGUAAUCCUGCCCUAACUGUCCUCUCUUACUGCCAUCCAGUGUCUUUAAUCCCCCCCCCCCCCACCUGUGGCUGAGCUUUAGGACUACAGAUGUGACAUAUCAGCCAGAUAUUACAUGGGUGAGAGAGAACGAGAGAGUUAAUGGUCGAUGGUGUUGAAGCUGCAGCCCUCAAGGCUGCUCACCCUCCCUCAGCAUGAUGGCACUUUGCAAGUUAGCACAUUAGCGGCUUCUAUCACACUCUGUCUAAUGAAAUGGAAGGAUUGCUUAGAAAUAUGUGUCGGGUGAUGGGUGGAGAAAUACAACAUCAUCAUAAUCCAGCUAAUGGCUAUGUUUACUCUUUAGCAAACACAAGCAUAUGCGGAUUGUCUUUGUAAUUUCACACAAUGUUAACCAUUCGGUGGAUAUGAUCGGUUUCGUUUUCGCCUUUUUUUGCUUUACGUUUGUACCUGUGGACAACAGGCCACUAUGUGCAUCCAGGAGCCUUCAGAUAAACUUUGACAAACUUCUUUGUGUUUGUUUUUGUGAGUAUGAGCCAUGCCAAAACUGGGUUUAGCCUGAAAAAUGUGUUCAUCUGUCAGACUUAAUGUGAACACAAAUCUCACGUAGUCGACCGACACUCGAGUUUCAUAAAUGAAUUGCCUGAUCUGAUGUCAACUGACUGUGUCAGAAAGCAAUCAAGACAACUGCCAUGUUACAUUAUUGAAAGACCCGUGUGCUGUUUUAUCAGAUGCAAGCAGGUGAAAAAGUGCGUUAGCCAACAAUCAUGGAUGAUUCAACCCAUGCUUUCUGAACACCAGCAUUAGCAGCACAGUAAGCUGCUGUUGAUUGAAAAAACAGGGAAGUACUGUAGAAAUGAGUAUUAUUGUGCACAGGGAGAUACUGUAGGUUAUUGGGUGGAUCAUUUAUUUUGCUUUUCCAAAACUUAGUUCAAAGUAAAAUAUUUUGGUGUUUUUUUUACCCAUUUGAAAGGCAAUGAAAUUAGGGGCCUUCACACUAAAUGUUUUAUUGCAUCCAUCCACACCGGUUUUCCAUAGUUUCUCUGUGUAGUCAUGUGCUAGAUGGACGUCUUUGACCUCUGUGCCACAACUUUUUAAAAGACAUCUCCAGAUGCCUAAAGUCUGUAAUAUUCUAUCUUUUUAAGCACAAGAACAUGUUGGUUCUGAACGACCCCAUAGCGGAGCAUCUGAAACAGUUUCUCUGUCUCUGUUUGGCCUGACUUCCUUCUCUUUGCAGUCCAUUGACUAGAAUGUGAGCAUGGUUGUAUGGGCAGAGUCAGGCCGCUAGGGAGCUGCAUUCAGAGUGUCUCAGUGACAGUGGGCCUCUUUGUGCAGCCCAGCCAGAGAAGACCAUCCCAACAACAAAUAGCCGUUAAGAGUCAUGGCCUCAGAGAGACAGAGGUAUCGGCCCAGCCCAGGAGAAUGCCAAUGAGGAGCCAGACAGAUCAGACCCCUCUGGGUCCCCACUUACUGCAAGCUUUCUCAAGCCACACAGAAUCAUGGGGCAGAUUGAAUACAAUGUUACAUUUAGAUGGAGAGCAAAAAAAUCAAACCCUCAUGGGCUCCCCAUGGCAUUAUGCCCGUUUCAACCAUUGUUCAGGAUCCUCUGGCUCUCUUUGGAUUGGUGUUUGUUUGUUUCAGGGUUGUAAACCCCACGGGAGGCAUGAAAGAAAAAGUGAACUAUUCAAUUAAUUCACGUCUCACUGAAUGACAUUAUCUCUGCUUUCUUCCCAUGGGGCAUCCAUAAUUUACCUAGAAUUACACCAAUGUCUCCACUAGAGGACAGUCAAGCACAGUAGAUGCUUCUUAAAGGGAUAUUUCACCCAAAAAUUUCAAUUCUGUCAUAAUUUACUUCUUGUCAUGUUGUUGUUCCAAAUCCAACUUUUUCUCUUCAGUGGAACUCAAAAUAUGAUGUUAGGCUUUCAUUUUAUGGAACAAAAAUGCAAUGAAAGUGAAUUGUUAAUAAGGUUAACAUUCUGCCUAACAUCUCCUUCUGUGUCCAAUGCAAGAAAGAAAGUCAUACAGGUUUGUAACAAUAUGAGUUUGAGUAAAUGAUUAAGGAAUUUUCAGUUUUGGAUUAACUUUUCCUUUAACUCUCAAUGCCUGAGAGUAUUUGACUUUGACGUGUCAGCACCUAACAUCUCAUGAUAAUACCCCUCAUCCAAUAAUCAACAAAAAUUUUAAGUUAUGAAGCCUCUGUAAGAAAACAGGCUGUGUUCCGACUAAAGAGUCUGGUGUAUUGUUAGAGAGAUGAUUAUGAUAAAAAAAAAAGGGGAGCGCGUUCUUAUUUUAAUGCAGAGGUAUAGAGCCGCAGAACAUUAUAAGAGAUUAAUGAAGUAUAUAAUUCAUAGAUUUUAAGUGCCAAUGUAUUCACUAAGUUCAAGUUAUAACUCAUUAUGUAAAUACUUUACUUGCUACACCCUUAAACGCACACAGAUCCACAGACAGACCCCUCAGUGAAGUCCUCUACAUGCUGAAAAAUAUCUGCCCACCCAUGCCUGCUCUCGCCCUCCCUCCCUCUCUUUGGCUUUCUCACUAUUGCACCAUUAGGCCGAACAUGCAUGAUAAAAGUCUUUGUUGGCUUGAUAAGGCCUAGAGAUGAUCAGGGGAGACGUGGAUGUGCAGAGAUGCAGGCACCUACUUGAUUACUCACAGUUCUUAAAGCAAAUACAUUAGAUGUGUGCUGAAUAAUGACAAGCAAGAAAGAGAAGGCAUCAAACAAGAAAAGCAGCACAUCCAAUCCAAGUCAUCUUCCAUAAGAUUUGAUUACAUUCCAUAAUGUAACAUUACCUAGAAUAACCCUGAACCCUAGGAACAACCAUCAAAUCAGUGUUAGAAUACAUUUUUACAUUAAAGUAAAAUAAGCGAUUCACCUGAAAAUGAAACUUACCCUCAAGUUGUUCCAAACCCGUAUGAAUUUCUUUCUUCACAAGAAAAGAAAGAGAGACACAGGCAUAUGAUAGAACAUUAUGAAAUACAUAUGAUGUAUCAAAAACAGAAGAAUUCACUACACGCAUUUUUAAAUAUCUGCCAUUUUUGCCCCAAUCUCGACUCUGCACCAAACGUAGUUUAUUCUUGAGCAGCUCUGUACACUUUUGUGUGUGUGUCUCUAAACACUGCCUAGGUUAAUUCACAAUAUAUAAAAAAAAGAAAAAAGGCCAAUGAAAUGGAGUUAAUUUGCUGUGGAGCUCUAUAAAGUGUGUUUCCUCUUAAAGAAAAUAAAUGAGAUUUGUUUCAC